ACGUCGGCGAAAAGAAACGAGCGCCGCGGCAGAGCUGCUCCACAGAAUGGACGCGGACGAGGAGCCGACACGGACUUAACCCACUUCACUGAGCAGGAUACUGAGCCCACUGCCCCCAUCCCCCCGAACACUAUCCUCACACAACACCGAGGUCCGGCUGGGUGGUUGCUUUUCUCCUAGUGCCCUCUUAUGGACGAUGAGGAGGAUGAUGUCUUUGAGCCAGACCCCCACUGCUGGCGCACCCCCUUCAGGGAUAUAAAGUGUGAAGACCGGGGCACACAGACACCUGGCCCGGGCCUGGCACUGCACAACGGCAUGCUGCCGUGUGGAGUCGCAGAUGAGCCCAGACCACUCUUCUACGGCAACGCAGGUUUUCGAUUGCACUUCCCGGCACACUUUGAGCUUUUUGGGGAUCAGGAAGCGAGGCGGCAAGAAAGCCAAGAGGAGCGAAACGGGAUGGAGCAGCUUCCCCGGCAGCAGCAGCCUGUGGCGCACAGUGUGGAGGCCUGCAUAGGCCAGAAACUCCAGCUGAUAGGAGACCAGUUUCACCGGGAACACCUACAACUGUAUCAUCGAAACCAAAGGAAUCGGGGGCCGCUGUGGUGGCGCCUGGCCGCGGCUCUGCUCAGCCUUCUGUUUGACAGGGGGCUCCUCGCCGGAGGAGGCGGAGCAGGACGGAGGUGAGGGGAUGUCUUCCUCUUGUGUCCCUUUACUUCAUCUCUAUGAGGAACUGGACUCCUAAUGGCACUGUCGAAUCUAACACGGGUCUGUUUUUUGGGGGGCGAAAGAAUGGAGACAAAAGGUCACCGCGGGACGGAGACAACCAACUUUUAUAAAAGAAAAGGUUGUGUAAUUUUUUUCUUUCCAAGAAGAUGCCAUGAUUCUCCGAGAUUCCUCUACGGGACAAUGUUCAUAUUUUCAUAUACGUGUGGCGUAUUGGUUUUGUACAGUACUUCGUUCUUGUUAAUUUUUUUGCACUUCAACAUGUAUCCAUCUUAAAUGACCUCCACAGACCCUGGGAAUGCCUUAUUCAAUGUCUUCUGCCAGAAAGAGUAUUGAGCAAUUACGACAGGCGAGAUGAGAUGGUUAGGAAAUGUGGUGUGAGGUUUAUUUUUUUCUUUCUUUUCGAAGAUUCCCAGCAUCAGUCAAGUUGAUUUACUAAUUUUCCAAAGAGGCAACUUCUCAGAACAAAGCAUUUUGCACCCCACCUCAAUGGAAAAUUUUCUCUUUUAAUUUUCUUUUACUUUUUUCUUUGUUUUCUUUGUCCCCCAUCCACUUCAGUGUGGCGCUAAGUUUGAAUAUCAUCCCUCAGCAACCUUCACAACAUUGGGAACAAAGAAAAGUUGACGCACGUGACUAAGUCAGCACACCAGUAACUGUGAUCUAAAUAAUAUGUUCAGAGGAAGAAUUCAUUAGUCAUCUGCUACAUGUCAAACCAUUAGGUCAUUAGUUGUAAAAAAGUUUCGGGGCGGAGUCUCGAACAACAUCACCCACUGGUCUAACAAGCCUGGUGACUGCCAGCAAACCCCACAACAACAGACUCAAAGGAAAGAUGCUGUUAUCACAAUUAGGAAACAGUGGUGGAAAGUAACUGAGUUCAGUUAUGAGGUAGAUGUACUUGACUUAAGGAUUUCAAUAUUAUACAACUUUAAACGUUCACUGCUUCUUAGUAGUAGAAGUUCUUGUUUCACAGCCUUAGGUCCUGGCUGGUUUUUAAUAUGGAGAUUUUACACAAUGAAUAAUAUAACAUUUAAAAUACAAAAAAAUGUUUAACCUUAAACUGAAAUUUAGAUUCUGAAGUCUUCAAAAAGUUGAUGUGUUGCCACAUUUCAGUUAUUUUUUAAUUUCAAGAUAUGUUCAAAUGAUCGGUUAUCUCACCAAAAUAAGAUACAAAUUAAAAAGUAAAAGUAGAAAAUAGGAUAAGAUAAAACUUUUAUGCUACUUCUUUCUUUUCCCAUUAACCAGGUGAUAUAUAGAGAUGUUUGACUAUUAGAUUGAUCCAGUGACCCUGUUCAUAAAACUGUACAUAAAGCUACACCAGUAACAUGCGGCUUCAAUAUUAAUACUGUAAUGAUAUCAAACAACAUAAUAUAGACCAAAACCACCACUUUUACUUAAAUUGUUUAAUACACUGUGCUGCUUAUUCUGUUGCUUUUGUAUUUUUACUUAAGUAGCAUUAUUGUAUUGCAUCCAAAUAAAGUAGCUGAAAACCUCUUCCACCGCUGAGGACUAAUGAUACUGCAAACAAAUAUAUUUAGUACAAAACCUGUUGUUAGCUGUAAUUAAUAGGUUUUACAUCAAUUUAUAAGAACUUUAUUCCCGUAGGAAUCAGACAUAGUUCAUUUGGUUUUCACAUUGAUUCCCGUUUUUCAAUGGGUGUCUGUUACUGUACAAUGCAGAGGUAGGUCCAUUUAAUGCAUAUGAAUUAGCUAUCUGUUAUUCAGUAAUGUCCUGUGGGCACUGAACAGAUAUUUAGAUUCAAGUUGAGGUGUGCUGUCUUUUUUGUGCGAAAAACUUUUGAAGCACUGUGCAUUAAAUUACAAUAUUAGAGGAUUUAGAUGUUUGAGCAAAGUAACAUUUAUUUUCCCCAAAAUAACACAACUGAGAUAUUUUGACCAAGUCUGCCUUCAUGAUUCCCCCCCCCCCCCCUUUAGUUUUAGCUGUGUUCUUUUCAUGUGAUUGUUUUCAGACCUCCAUGCCCUUGAAGUGGAGCUGUGGAUCCACUGUUUUUGCACUAGACUUUUCACCCUUCAGGAGCUCAGAUUGUUACCAGGCUAACCUCUGUCUUGCGUGAAGGUUUUUCUGUUACGACUCGUCUUCAUGCCACAACAUUUCAGACUUACUCAUUCGCAUGGCCAAUCAAUUUCCGAGACCCGGCUGAACACAGUUUGGGAAUCUGGAUUGGACUCAGAAAGUUCAUGCACCAACCCUUUCGGGCUACAACAGCGCCACCUGCCUCGGUUGAAAGGUUUUCAAAGUUCGGGGUUGCUUUACACCGCCUGUGCGUGUUCUGAACACCAAACAAUGCUCCCUAUUCAAUCUGUGAAACAGAAUCUCCCCCCUCAGGCAACCUGUACAGGCUUUUUACAUCAUGUGAUAUCCUGACGGGUGAUCUUAUAUUGUGUUUGGUGCUUAGAACCAGAUUGGGGACAUUUUCUUUUAAUAUACUCAGUAUAACCACCACUGACUCAGCAGACAACCAGUCUCUGAAAUGAAACAAAAGUGAAAAAGACUGUAAUUAUUGUUGAAUUAUGAAUAUGUUUAAAGACACUGUUGAAGAUGCUGUUUGUUGUAUGUUUUCCAUUGCUGAACCCUGGCCAAUGUUUGGACCCGAGGAGCAGUACAUAUCAGGGGUCUGUAAUUACUUGCUCCUUACAAUGUGUCAAGUUUAUCACUGCAUAAUUAGGGUUUCCUCUCAUUUUCUUAAAGAUGUCUCAGGGACAGACUUUGUGGGCUACUGGUAACCUUGAGAAUCUGUUACACGUUUGGAAGGAGAGCUGCGUUUUUCACCCGUUUAUUUAUGGCGAACCCCCCCCCCCCCCCCCCCCCCCC